AUGCAAUGUCAAGUUUGUUAUGAAAACAAAAAUAGUUCUUAUAAAUGUCCGAAAUGUCAUAUUAAAUAUUGUUCAGUUACAUGUUUUCAGAAACAUAAAUCAUCGGAAUUAUGCGUAGAAAAUAAUAUUCAAGUAAAACCAAUCGUUGAAGUUCCAAUAACACAAACUCAAUUACCAAUAGAACUUGGUGAUGAUGAAGAAUGUGAUCAUCUUUCAACAGAAAUACUUGAACGAAUUGGUCAAUCAAAUGAAGUACUUGAAUUAUUAAAGAAUCGUCAUUUACGAACUAUGAUUAAGUCAUUAGAUUGUUCAUUAUAUCCAGCUGAUGAUAUGCAAAAAGCAAUGGUAGAACCAAUUUUUGUUCAAUUUGUUGAUCAAUUAUUAGCAAUUGUUGAAAAUAAAGAUAAACAAUAA